AGGCAAUAUAAGGUCAGAGUUCAUCUAUUUCUUACCAGCGCUAAAAAGGAAUUAUAGGCUUUUUGUUCUUGUCCAUUAUUCUAUUCAAUUUGGAAACAAAAAAGGCAAAGUUACUCAAGUAUAUAUUGCUUGUGUACUUGAUUUUUUAAGACAAAUCAGUCUGUUGGUGAGACAUUUCCUACUUAAUUUGAAUGGCUCAAAAUAAUCUAAAUGGAAUCAAAUCCGUUCCCGCUACUGGAACCCCCUUGAAUGAAGACAGCGAAUCUAAAAGAAUCUUCCAUUGGAAGUGCUAUCAUCACUACUUCAGAACUUUUCCAGCAAUGGUUAAGUUAUGUGAGCUGUUCUGCAUUCUGAUUGCUUUCAUAAUCAGCUGUUUGGAUAAAAAGUUUCUUCUUGUUGGAGGUUCUUGGCUGACCCUAACAAAUGGAUUGUCUUUUAUUGUUACUUCUUUUUUCGUGAUAUUCCACUUCUUUUUGCUCCAUCGUUUCAUUGCAGCCCCUUGGUGUGUCAUCGAAUUAGCUGCUUAUGUUGUGAUGUGCGUACUAGUGUUUUCAAACGGAGUCUUAUCCGCUGCGUAUUCUCACUUGGGGGGAUUGAUUAUUGCUGAGACGAUCUUUAUCUUUAUGGCACUGGCAGUGUACAUGGUUGAUGGCCUGGUUACCUUCAAAAUAUUUACAGCUGGAAAGUACUAUGAGUAAAUAGCCGUAUCUGAAGGUUGAUCCACACUUAUUUAUCUGUAACUUUCAAUUGUGCCUUAAUCAAUUUACCAGUUACCUUGCUUAUUUACCUUAACAUUUUAAAGCAUUUACCAUUUCUUUGAAUAAAAUUGAGAUUCGACAUUCAA